AAUAUAAGGCUGUUUGUUUUUGUGCUGUAUUACUAGGGUGGAUUGAUGAAAAUUUUAUUCUUUGUCUACAAAAAUGUAUACAUUACGAUGAAUCUAACAAAAUCUCAUACUUACAUGGAUAUAUUUGAUCGUUUAUACAAGUUUUAAAAAUCUUAAUUAAAUUUUUCUCUUCAAAAUAGAAUAUUUUAAAUAGGUAGAACAUUAAUAAAGUUAGAGAGUACAAUUCAGAAUAAGUUAGUGUCGUUAAACACGUUUUCCUUCACUCUCGUAAUACGAAAUUAAUUUUCACCGGAAUUAUUGUUUUCCAAUCCCUUUGCUAGCAGAGUUGACAGAAAAAGGAUUUAGGGUUUUUAUGCAACGAAACGAACUUCAAACACCUACAGGCUACAGCAUUAAAUUCAAUUUGGUGUCAUCAUAAAUAAAAUAAAUUCAGCGGCAUGCACUAAACUCCUCUGCAAACACAAAAUUCCCGAAAAUCAUCAAUCAACCUGAUUGAAAAUGGCGAAAUUCAAGCGAGGAGAUCAAGUAGAAGUCUGUGGCAAAGGAGAUGGAUUCCGAAACUCAUUCUACGCAGCUACCAUUAUUUCACAAAUUAAUCCUACCGAAUUCAUAGUCCAAUACAACACUUUAUUAUCGGAAGACGAAUUACAUCCUCUUCGAGAAUUUCUCACCAUCGAUGAACUUCGUCCGGUUCCGCCAGAAAUUGAUAGCAAUUGUAAGCUGGAAUUGAAGGAUGAAGUUGAUGCUUUUGCGAAUGAUGGAUGGUGGAAAGGAAUGGUGAAGAAGAAGGCCAAAGGAAGGGGAAAAGCAGCAUGGUAUUACGUUAGCUUUCAGGAUAACGGUGUUGAGCUUGAAGUAUGCAGUUAUUUGCGCGGUGACUUGAGACUUCAUCAAGAUUGGAUUGAUGGUAACUGGAUUUGUUCUAGCAAGAAUUUUACUGGCGGCACAACCAGCCCAAUAGCAGCCCAACGUUCAUCCUCCACGUAACCAUCAGCAGCAGCCCAACGUCCACCCUCCCACGAGCAGCAACCAGGCUUCUCCUCCCUCCUAGCGGCAGCAACAGCGGCAUUUUACCCCCAACAACAGCAGCAAGCUGUUGUGUCGCCAACUGCAGCAGCCCACGCAGCCUUCCUCCACCAUUUUCGUGCUCCACACCACCAUAACAACCACGUAUACCCUCACCCUUUACUAGUUCCCCCAUUGUUCCCAGUCCAUAAGAGGAAAGUUGGACCUUAGUUGGAUGAUUUUUAUAACUUUUGGUCAUGCAGUGACGCUUGCAGGUACGUACAUACAGUAAUUAAUUAUCAUAUUCAUCGUUUAAGGUAUUAUCAAUAUUUCGUGAUUAUAUGCAUCGUAUUAGAAUUAUAGAGCGCCAGAAAAUAACUAUACUAUCGAAUAGUCAUAAUAGUGGUAUAGGCAAGUAGAAUGAAAGCAUUAGGAGACUAUGAGAACAAAACCCUAAAUAGUAGAGAAUGCACUAUGGUUGUGUGUGGUAUCGAAGUGAUUCCCUAGUUAUUGAGCCUUGAAUAUGAUUAGUUGGCGUGACUCAACAGAAUUAUGUCCGAUUGAUUUAGUAUUCCCCUAGGUUAGAUCCGACGGGAUCGCCGUAAGGGGGGUAUGAGCAUACUUUUUUCAUUGGGCACCGGGUGGCUGAUAACGCCCCUUGACCGAGGUGUUACCAUGCGGGCCUUGAAAACCCCAAUAUGGUGGCCAUUUCACUGGAUUGGUACCCCAAUGUGUUAGUUUUUCACGAAGGUAGGACCUGAGAGAGUCAGCUGGAGGGGGUAUGAGCUCAUACUUUGCCAUGGGCGCCAGGUGGCUGAUAACGCCCUUGGCCGUGUCACUAUCCCAUGAAUAGAGAAAAGAUCCACUACUUUUGAAUAUACAUACUUCAAGGGGUUAGUAGUUUGAAAGAGAAAUCAUGAGUAAACAGAAGUGUUUAGACAAAUGAGUAGAUUCGUUAUUGCUAUGAUAUGUCGUCGCCUAUCCCUUUUGUUCUAUUAUUCUAAUUGUUAUAAGCUCAUUGAUUACUGACGUGUAUGUGUUUAUUGUUGUUGUUCAUGCUCUCUAUGAUGUUCCUGCUAUGAUACAUUUGACUAUGGUCAUUAUGUUGAGCAGUAGGAGGAUCAUAGUUUGAAGUAACAGGUAUAGCGCUUCUUUUGCAUUGUAUUGAGGGAAAGAGUGGAGUACGAUCGUAGCAAUUGUGUACAAGUUGUCUAAUGCUUUGUAACUUUUACAUUACUUGUAAAGUUUUCUUUUUGAGGUUGUAUAAUUCUUUUAUAUGGAGCCAUAUGACUCCUUGUAUGAUCCAUAGUUCCGCUGCAUAGUUUUUGGAUGUAUGGCAGUAAGAAUACUCCUAUAGUAUCCGUCAAACCGAUGCGUUAACACUGGAACCACGAUCCUCGUUAGGGUUGAUGAUUUGAGGAGCCGACAAUGAUUUAUUCCGUCAUGACAUAUUUUUGAAAGGCAUUAAACGCCUCAGAUUAGUUUAGUUAUGUUAUUAUUCUGUAUAUCCUUGUCACAUCCUCAGUUUUUAAUAGAGAUG